CGCCCGGGUGUAUGAGAGGAAGCGCGGAGCGGGGGCUGCGGCCCGAGCCACUCGCCUCCUCUCCCGGACGGCGGCAGCCGAGAGACCGGCCCGGGGGGAAGCGAGGGGGCAGCGAGGAGGCGGCGGCGGCUCCAUGUAAAGAGACCCGGACACGCACGUGAACUGCCGAGCAGCCCCCCCGGAGCCGGGAGGCAGCGAGAGACUCGGGGACCCGGCAGCCGAGGGGGCUGACCCGUCUGUCACUAAACUUUCUCGGACACGCGAGGUAUCUCGGGACCUGGCGUCCAACUUGCUGUGAAGUCCUAGAGCCCCCGCAGGGAAGCGGAUCCCCGUGUCCCCGGCGCAAGGGUGAGCUUUAGUUGCCCCCUGUAUCACCGAUAGCCUGUCUGCUGCAGCCAGAGAGCCAAAGGAGGGAAACUUAACCCGCCGCUGUUGCUGUUCCUAAGGAAGGAGAGCCAGGACCAUUCAUGAAACUGGUGAGAGGAAAAAGUGGCAGCCUAGGACUGCUUUGGCAGCAGAAUUUUAUGGUACUUGCCAAGAGCAGCAGACAGACAGCUUGUGUCUAAUUGGAGCUGGUGGUUUUGAAAUGUCGGCUGCUUUCACAAGGGAUUGAAACAAGACCACAAAACUUAUUCUGCCUAAGAUCACAAGCUGAACUUAAAUCAUGAUCUCAGAAGUAAGAACAGUGGAUUCUUUGUGGAUUUUAAAGGCCGAAGACAAGUAUUAUUAAUUUUAAAUAUAUGGAAAAAUAACACGGCAUAAUAUUAAACGACCAGAGAGACUGUGAGAAGAUUAUUUUAAAGAAAUCUGCCUGUUGAGUUGCUGAUGGUGGUGAAGUAUUGAUCCAUUAAAAAGGCUUGCAGUGAAGCUUUUUACUUGAUAAUGUGAAAGCAUUUGCAUCAUCAGAUAGUCUAGCCAAGGUCCAAGAAGUAGCAAGCUGGCUUUUGGAAAUGAAUCAGGAACUGCUGUCUGUGGGCAGCAAGAGGCGACGAACUGGAGCGUCUCUUCGAGGUAAUGCUUCCUCAAGCCAAGUAGAUGAGGAGCAGAUGAAUCGGGUUGUGGAGGAGGAGCAGCAGCAGCAGCAGUUACGACAACAAGAGGAGGAGCACAUUGCAAGGAAUGGGGAAAUAGGUGGAGCAGAGUCUGGACUUGGUGACAGAAUUGAAUCCCAGCAAGAACAGUUAGAAGAAAACAACAAUAGGCUUAUUGCAGUGGAUGAAGAAUCCAGUGGUAACCAUGAGGAGGAGGAGGAGGAGGAGGAGGAAGAACAUGGUGCUGAACAAGAGGAGGAGGUGGAAGAAGAGGAGGAAAUGGACCAGGAGAGUGAUGAUUUCGAUCAGUCUGAUGACAGCAGCAGAGAAGAUGAACACACUAACAGUGUCACAAAUUCAAAUAGUAUCAUGGAUUUGCCCAUACACCAGUCAUCUCAAUUCUACAUAAAGACAAAGAUGAAGAGAAAGUUGGACCAUGGCUCCGAGGUCCGUUCUUUCUCUCUGGGAAAGAAACCCUGCAAAGUCUCAGAAUACACGAGCACUACUGGGCUUGUGCCAUGUUCAGCUACACCUACUACUUUUGGGGACCUGAGAGCAGCCAAUGGCCAAGGACAACAACGGCGCCGGAUUACAUCUGUCCAGCCACCUACAGGACUUCAAGAAUGGCUGAAAAUGUUUCAGAGCUGGAGUGGACCAGAGAAGUUACUUGCUUUAGAUGAACUCAUUGAUAGUUGUGAACCAACACAAGUGAAACAUAUGAUGCAAGUGAUAGAGCCCCAGUUUCAACGAGACUUUAUUUCCUUGCUCCCAAAAGAGUUGGCACUAUAUGUGCUUUCAUUCCUGGAACCCAAGGACCUUCUACAGGCAGCACAGACAUGCCGUUAUUGGAGAAUUCUGGCUGAGGAUAACCUUUUGUGGAGAGAGAAAUGCAAGGAGGAGGGGAUUGACGAACCAUUGCAUAUCAAAAGAAGGAAAGUAAUAAAACCAGGCUUCAUACAUAGCCCAUGGAAAAGUGCUUAUAUCAGACAGCACAGAAUUGAUACUAACUGGCGGCGAGGAGAGCUUAAAUCUCCUAAGGUGCUCAAAGGACAUGAUGAUCAUGUAAUCACAUGUCUACAAUUCUGUGGUAACCGAAUAGUCAGUGGUUCUGAUGACAACACAUUAAAAGUUUGGUCAGCAGUUACAGGCAAGUGUUUAAGAACACUAGUUGGACACACAGGUGGAGUCUGGUCAUCACAAAUGAGGGACAAUAUCAUUAUUAGUGGAUCUACAGACCGAACACUUAAAGUAUGGAAUGCGGAGACUGGAGAAUGUAUUCAUACUUUAUAUGGACACACUUCUACUGUGCGUUGUAUGCAUCUCCAUGAAAAAAGAGUUGUCAGUGGGUCUCGAGAUGCCACGCUGAGAGUUUGGGACAUAGAGACAGGCCAGUGUUUACAUGUUCUGAUGGGACAUGUAGCUGCAGUCCGGUGUGUUCAGUAUGAUGGCAGGAGGGUUGUUAGUGGAGCAUAUGAUUUUAUGGUCAAAGUGUGGGAUCCAGAGACUGAAACCUGUCUACACACACUGCAAGGGCAUACUAAUAGAGUCUAUUCAUUACAGUUUGAUGGCAUCCAUGUAGUGAGUGGAUCUCUCGACACUUCAAUCCGAGUUUGGGAUGUGGAGACGGGAAACUGCAUUCACACAUUAACGGGCCACCAGUCAUUAACAAGUGGAAUGGAACUGAAAGACAAUAUUCUUGUGUCUGGGAAUGCAGAUUCAACAGUCAAAAUCUGGGAUAUCAAAACAGGACAGUGUUUACAGACAUUGCAAGGUCCCAACAAGCAUCAGAGUGCUGUGACCUGUUUACAGUUCAACAAGAACUUUGUAAUUACCAGCUCAGAUGAUGGGACUGUAAAACUUUGGGACUUGAAAACGGGUGAAUUUAUCCGAAAUCUAGUCACACUGGAGAGUGGGGGAAGUGGAGGCGUCGUCUGGCGGAUCAGAGCCUCCAACACAAAGCUAGUGUGUGCAGUUGGAAGCCGAAAUGGAACUGAGGAAACAAAGCUGCUGGUGUUGGACUUUGAUGUGGAUAUGAAGUGAAGGGCAGAAAAAUGAAUUUGUCCAAAUGUGUAGACGAUGUUUCCCUUCCCUCCCCCUGCAAAAAAAAAAAAUCCCUUGUCCUUGGUGGUGCAGGAUGUUGGCUUGGGGCAACAGAUCCUAAAGACCUACA